CUUCUGCUAGUCGCUGUCUGCUGUCACAAUGAACAUGAACUUCAGAAAGCCCUCCCACCAGCAGGAGAUGGUCCAGGUCGGUUCGUGUCGCGCCCUCAUCCACCCGCCGACCAACGCUCGCAGCCACCCACGUUAUUACCAGACCGGCCGCUGACAUGGACAUUUGGGCCUUCAUAGACCGCACCGACACUACGUCUCCCUUCUGGCGAUCCACGUCGGCCACCAGCAAUCGCAGCAGCAGCAGCCACAAUGCGAAUAACCCCUCUACCACCCCAAACGCGGACACGCCCGAGCCGACAACGCGCAAGGUCAUUGGAGCGUCCUACAGCCAUGCCGAUAUCCUGAACUUCAAUCAACUAUCCCUCUCUGGCAACGAUCGACCACGAACACCGCCCACCGAUCCCCGCAACAGUAAGAACACGCCCUCGCCUGGAAACACGCGAUCACCGCCAACGCGACCCAAAUACUCCUCCUUCCUGGCCGAGUCGAGCAAUGCCUACGACGAUGACGACGAUGGCGACGCAUUCGGUCUGGAGGAGGACGAUGAAGAUGAGUUCGGCCUGCCCAGCAUAGCGUCUAUGCGAAGGAAGAACAAGCGAUUAUCAAAAGCGAAGGCCAAGGAUCCAGGGGGAGGGCUAGGCAAAGGCAGCAGCAGUAGCAGCAAGCAGUUCGGCGGGGCACUGACUGGGAAUGGGGGCGCGACUUCGCUGUCUUCCGCAUCAUGGGCAAUGGACAAUGGCGACAUGGCAGAGAUGCGCACUCAGAUACCAGCCUACCCGUCAUUAAAGAAGAGCACGGAGGGACAGAAGAUCUUGCGACCACAAUACAAGGAAAUCCUCCGAGAUCCUGCCAACUCACUCCACCUGAUAUCGCAUCCUUCAUUACCGCCGAAUGCGGCAGCAAAAGAGGCCGAGGCACACUCCGCACGAAUCACGCGAAUAAACAAGUUCAAGCGAAUACUGCAAGCAUCCUCGGUCAAUCUGGCUGAAUUGCGAGACUCUGCCUGGUCAGGUCUACCUCCUGAAGUGCGAGCCAUGACCUGGCAGCUGCUGCUAGGCUAUCUUCCCACAAGCUCCGAGCGUCGUGUCGCCACACUGGAACGAAAGCGGAAAGAGUACCUCGAUGGAGUGAGGCAAGCUUUCGAGCGGGGUGACAGGUCGGCAGACAUGCCUACUUCACCUAAAUCUCCUCGGGUGGGCGGGCGAGGUCUUGAUGAAGCCAUCUGGCAUCAGAUCAGUAUCGACGUCCCUCGAACGAAUCCACAUUUAGAGUUGUACAGCUACGAGGCCACACAGCGAUCACUGGAACGAAUAUUGUAUGUAUGGGCCAUUCGACAUCCCGCAUCCGGUUACGUGCAAGGCAUCAACGAUCUUGUGACGCCGUUCUGGCAGGUCUUUUUGGGACAGUACAUCACAGAUCCCGAAGUCGACUCGGGAAUGGAUCCUGGCCAAUUACCGAAAGCUGUGCUGGACGCAGUCGAGGCUGAUUCAUUCUGGUGUCUGACCAAACUUCUUGAUGGGAUUCAAGAUAAUUAUAUUCACGCCCAACCUGGAAUUCAAAGACAAGUCGCGCAACUACGAGAUUUGACAGCGCGCAUCGAUGGCGGGUUAGCGAAACACAUGGAGAAUGAAGGAGUGGAGUUCAUUCAAUUCUCCUUUCGAUGGAUGAAUUGCCUCCUCAUGCGGGAAAUUUCCGUGAGGAAUACUAUUCGGAUGUGGGAUACAUAUCUUGCCGAAGAUCAAGGCUUCUCAGCGUUCCACUUAUACGUCUGCGCAGCGUUUCUGGUCAAAUGGUCGGAUCGUCUACAACAAAUGGAUUUCCAGGAGAUCAUGAUGUUUCUACAGUCUUUGCCUACGAAAGACUGGACAGAGAAGGAUGUGGAAUUGCUGCUGAGUGAGGCUUUCAUCUGGAAAAGCCUGUUUGCGGGGAGUAAAGCGCACGUCAGGCAGGGAAGUCAAGGCGUGCUUGGGGAAGGAAAGGGCGGGAGAGGCUUGCAGUUGUGAAAUGCAACCCGAAGUCAUGAACGGCUCUUGGGAGGGAAUGAAGACAGAAGCAAACGCUGGGAUGGAUAUACCCUUGGUAUGCUGCUAGGGUGGAAUCAGAGAAGAUGGGAUGGAAAGCAAGGUACGAAUACGAACACGGCAUCUCGCCGUUGGAAUCAAUUGAUGAUGUGCAC